AUUUCUGCAGUGCGAGACAAAACAAGUAAUAUAAUAUUAUGACUAAGCCGUUUUUAUGAACAUAGACUUUCUAAAAUUGUACAAUCAAAAUGGAGACCGUUAACCAUGUUGCAACUUGGAAGUUGGAAUUUCUAGAGGGAGAAAGCAAAUAAAAUAACACAAAUCAACCGAAUCUGCUGAAUAUUAAUCACAAGAAGCAGCCGAGUUCUUUGUCCCGCAGCUCCUCGAAUGCCACAAUCGACGAAUUCAACAGUCAAGAAACUUCCCUCGCCAAAGCCUUUAGCCAUUAGGUCUUCGAUCCAGUUCAUCUAUAAAUGAAAGAAAAUUAGCGAUCAACGGAAAUCAAUCGCAAAUUGCAGAGACAUGUACGUGACGAGGCCUCUUUCUCUGUACAGAAACUCUCCCUCGUGGCUAUCGUCGCCGCCGCCGGAGGGUCCGAAUUCGGGGAUUUUGGUGUUCGAAGACGAAGAAGAAGGCGCGGAAUCGAGAUGGUUUUUUGGAGUGUUUAAGAAGAAGGAUUCUGUGAAGGUGCCGCCGCUCCCUCAGAACAGGAUACUGCGGCUUACGCACGCGGCGGACGCAGGAGAAUAUGAGUAUUCUGAUUCCUUAUACGCGUUGCUUGUUCCAGUUCUGAAUCAGCCCCUCUCUUCCAAUCAAUAUUAUGUCAUCGAUUCGCGUGGCACUGCAAAAGGGCUAGCAUGCACAAGUUCAAAGGAAGACAACACAAGCAGAAGGAGCCGCUUCUUCUACCGCAUUCAUGAUGCACCAGCGCAACUCCUGGACCCAAAAAAUACUUAUCAACAGUUUCAAAUUAGUAACUAUAUAUACUGUGGAAAACCCAAUGGUUUCAUCUCCAAGUCUGUGGCUCCUGACGGGGUUCCUCCAGAGCUCCUGAGGCGCAAGGGCUGGAGAGCUUAUCCCGAACCCCUUAACAACAAUAACUCCUUGCCCACCGAAGCCCUCGGCCUCGACGCCGCCCUACGCGCCCGCCUUCCCGACCUCGCCUUCCCACCUAACCCGGUGGUGGUGGGGAAGUGGUACUGCCCUUUCAUUUUUGUUCGGGAUGGUGCGGUUGAGUCUCAGAUGAGCAACUCGCCGUACUACGAAAUGACCCUUCAGCAGAAUUGGGAGGAGAUAUUUGGGUGUGGGAGUUUGGGGGGAGGUGGGCGAGUGGUGGAUUUUGAUGUUUCUGUGGAAAGGGAAGUGAUUUCGAUUGCGGGUCAGGCUGCAGGUGGCAGAAAUGCUGGUGAUGGGGUUAUGUGGUUUGGGUCGUCGGGGGUUGGGUUGAGCUUGGCGAUUGUGGAGAGAGUGAAAUGGGAGGAGGAGAGGGCGGGAUUUGAAUUUGGAAAAGAAAAGGAAAAGAAAUAUGUGAAGGUGAAGAGAAGAGAGGAGUUUAAGGAGAGGGGAGAAUGGAGGAGAUUUGGAUGUUACGUGUUGGUUGAGAGGUUUGUGCUGAAGAGAAUGGAUGGAAGUUUGGUUCUUACUUGGGAAUUUAGGCACACUCAUCAAAUUAGAACCAAAUGGGAGUGAGGGAACGCAUUGGAAGGUUGGUAUGAUGAAUAUGUGUUAUUGUUUGUACUGAAUUUUUAUUCCUAUUACUUUGGUUGGGUAGAAUAAAGCAAGAAAGAUACUUUUAUGUUAAUUUUUUUUCAAAAUAAUAAUAAAAUUGUCCUAUUUUUAUUUGUGAUUAGCA